ACAAAAUCAAGUAGUUUAGUCCAUUAUUUGGAGGAAAUACUCAAUAGCUCUCAUCAAUACACUCAACUACCAACCACUCAACGCUCGUAAACUUGCUCCAAUGAGACUGCUCUUGCUGUUCUGUGCCUUUGCACAGUUUGCUCAAAGCAUAGUCAUUUCAAAUGACUAUUUCGGGGAGCUGGAUGAGUCCAAAUCACCAGCUUCUCCAUUCACUAUAGAACUCAGAGAUGAAUUGCAAUCGAUGGGAGUGCUAGCUGGCUAUGAGGCCAGGGAGUACCAGGAGUUGGACGACGUGUUCCUAAUACCAAGAAGCCAUAUCACUGAAAGGGUAUUGAACCGCCUAGGGUUCAAGGAUUUGGUGAAGUACUCCAAAAAGUUCAAGUUCAGCAAUACGCUGUUCCCAUCACACUUGGAUAUCAUAAUACCGGAACAGACGGUGCCAUACUUUGUGUUCAAUACCUCUGAUUCCAUCAACGUCCCCAAGUCUCAAUCAAGAUCGGAAUAUGCCACAUUCCUUGAGAAUUCAUCUCCAUUUACACUCCCACUCCACUCUGUAUUGUUGGACUAUAUGCUCGUAUUGCCCAUCCCAACGGAUUUCAAUCCGAAGUCCCUGAUGAAGGAUAUAAUAUCCGUCUCAAGACAGCACUUGCCCAUGUUUGUGCAUGCCAUCCAAGACACCACUCCGCUGAUUGUAUUUAUGUUCAAGAGUGGGUUGGAUAACACCGAUGCUCAACGCUAUGGUGAUUCUCCCAUACUUGGAGCACACCGGUACGGGCUAGAUAAGUCUCAGGAUAUGUUCUUCGAUCAGUUUGCAAAGACAUGGAGUGAAGAUAUCGCCUUUGCGGAUUUACUCCACGGUGUGUUUUGUACUGUAAACCCUGCAAUAAAGAGAUAUGGCUACUGCUUGAAGAUAAAAGAUGACAUGAGCAGCUUAGCCUUAUUCCCACUGUUUGAGCAUUCGCAGCGAGCUCUUGGAGGGAGCCACAACACUGAUGAACCAUCCCAGUCCACCAGUAACAACCUUGAAGAGUUGGUCAUUCCCUUGAGCAUCAUCAAGGAGAAUAAAGCGGGUCUCUCCGAGACGUAUAGCCCGAGAAGGACUGUGAAGACACAAUCCACCGUCAAAACACCAUUGACCACCUUAACGAGGCGAUCAUUGAGCGAGCUCGACUACAACGACAGAGGAGAGGUCAACAGUGCCAAAAUUGAAAUCAUUGGACAGAAGUUGGAGGACCGUCGUCGCACAAAGCAGUUGAAAGACAAGGGAAUCAAGGAGAAUGCAAAGACGUACGUUCGUUCCAAGCUUUCAAAGGCAAAAUCCGAUAAGAAGGCAUCCAGUGAUGGCGACAGUAGAGGCAUCCGUUAUAGCAUAAUCAGAACCAAACCAUCGUCGCAGAGAAAGCCCAGAGUGUCACACGAAGACAUGGCCCUGGAGGCUCAUGUUGAUCUCUGGACACAACAGCCAGAUCAACACCGUCAGGACUCCAAACAAGUUGUCAAGGUUCAAUCUUCAGCAACUUCUCACAGAAACAGCACCAGAACUGAAGAGGCCGAAGCAACUGAGGAGUGUGAGCCAAUCACCUGGUUCAACGUCUUCCAUCACAGUGUUUUCGGUAAAACAAAGUUCUGCGGUGUAGUAUAGGGAGAAUUCAUAUCAUAGUGCUUUUAUCUCCGGUAGGUUCGUGUAA